GGUGUGCAACGAGAGGAAAAACACACAAACAAAAGCGUUAACUUGAGGUUUUGGCGAUGCCGCCUACUGAGACCACCAUUACGCAUUGAUUAGUUCCCCCCACAGUGAAGCAGCAGAGGAAUUUCUGGGUGCAGAUAUAGGACCACUCCUCUCUCUGCAUACGAUUUUCUCUCCUCUCUCCACAGUCGGGGCUUGUUGGUGAGGAAGGGGGAGGAUGGUCUUGCAGUCGACGAGAGGAACAGGAGUUUAUUGAGGAGUAGCUGCAACGGGAGGAAAAGCCUGUGCACAUGAGCCUUGCGGAUGUCAAGAAGAGAAAAAAAGAAAGGCUCGCGCCUGGACAGAUGACCGCUUUGUUGAGACACUGGCGCUUGAAUUGUUUAACUUGUUGAUGCAACGUUUUUCUACUGUUUCCCCCCCUUCUCGUCUGGGUGCAGUGACACAUAGAUGGGUGGCGGAAUCGCAAGUAUUCUCUUCCUAUGAUAGGUAUUUUAUUGAACUCGCCGUGGAUGCAGUUUAAAGAGAAACCUUCUUUAAGAUGCAAUUCAUCUCCGAGCCGUAGCACUGUGAUAACCGGAGCAGGGUCGUUUUAAAAAAGAAACUACAGGUCAGCAUGGCAGCAGGUGUAGCGGCAUGGCUUCCCUUCGCCCGAGCAGCGGCCAUAGGAUGGAUGCCCGUGGCGAGCACCCCGAUGCCCAUGCCUCCUCAAGACAAGAGGAAAGCCCAGGACGGACUCAUUAUCCUCAACGUGAGUGGGACCAAGUUUCAAACGUGGCGAACCACUUUGGAGAGGUACCCGGACACUUUGCUGGGGAGCACGGAGAGAGACUUCUUUUUCCACGAGGAGACGAACGAAUACUUUUUCGACCGCGACCCUGACAUCUUCAGACACAUCCUCAAUUUCUACCGCACGGGGAAACUACACUAUCCGCGCCAAGAAUGCAUAUCCGCGUACGACGAGGAGCUCGCGUUCUUUGGCAUUAUUCCCGAGAUCAUCGGGGACUGCUGCUACGAGGAGUACAAAGACCGAAGGCGCGAAAACGCGGAGAGGCUUCAGGAUGACGAGGAGAUGGACAUGAACAAUGACGUCACGCCAGUCAACCUGACGUUCCGGGAGUACCUGUGGCGGGCGUUUGAAAACCCCCACACCAGCACCUUGGCUCUGGUCUUCUACUAUGUCACGGGGUUCUUCAUUGCCAUAUCGGUGAUGGCCAACGUGGUGGAGACGGUUCCCUGUGGGACUUUGCCCAACAGGUCAAAGGAGAUUUCCUGUGGAGACCGUUACGCUCUGGCCUUCUUUUGUUUGGACACCGCGUGCGUCAUGAUCUUCACGGUAGAGUACCUCCUCCGAUUAAUCGCGGCGCCCAGCCGGUACAAGUUCAUGAAAAGUGUGAUGAGCGUCAUCGACGUGGUCGCCAUCAUGCCUUACUACAUCGGCCUGGUGAUGACCGACAACGACCAGGUGAGCGGUGCUUUCGUCACCCUCAGAGUCUUCCGGGUUUUUCGGAUUUUCAAGUUCUCCCGGCACUCCGCUGGGCUGCGCAUCUUGGGAUACACCUUGAAGAGCUGCGCCUCCGAGCUGGGCUUCCUCCUCUUUUCGCUCACCAUGGCCAUCAUUAUCUUUGCCACGGUUAUGUUUUAUGCGGAGAAAGGCUCCACGGCCAGCAAGUUCACCAGUAUCCCCGCAGCCUUUUGGUACACCAUUGUCACCAUGACAACACUGGGGUACGGUGACAUGGUGCCAAAAACAAUCGUAGGGAAGGUGUUUGGGUCCAUAUGCUCUCUGAGUGGGGUGCUGGUCAUUGCCUUGCCUGUCCCUGUCAUAGUGUCAAACUUCAGCCGUAUCUACCACCAAAGCCAGCGGGCAGAGAAACGACGAGCACAGAGGAAAACUCGCCUUGCUAGAAUCCGUGCUACGAAGAUUCGAGGCACUAAUGCCUAUAUGCGCUACAAACAAAAUGGGCUCCUGAUCGACUCACUGGAGGAGGCUUCCAAGGAGGCAGGACAAGCCCUGGUGGGGAAGGCCCCCAGCCCUCCUUUUGAGAGCCAGCAUCAUCAUCUGCUGCACUGCCUGGAAAAGACCACGAAUCAUGAGUUUGUGGACGAGCAGACCUUUCAGGCAAACUGCAUGGAGGUCUCCGUAAUGAACAAGUCCGGCUCCCGGGCCUCCUCCGUGUCCUCGUCUCCGCACGGCCUCGGCUCAUGCUGCUCUCGACGCCACAGAAAGAAGAGCAGCUUCAGCCUGCCCAGCACAAAUAACCAGGAGCUCAGCACCAUACAGAUAAGAGAGAGGCCAGUGGCUAACAGUCGCGCCAGCCUGAACGCUAAACUCGACGAGACCGUGCCCUUGAAAUGUGAUGAACCUUACAUCACUCCCUCCAUGGUCAGCUUAUCUGCCCCGGUGGUGACUUCAUCAGACGGGGACGGCUCCACCACCACAGCAUACUCUCAGAGCAACAUUGUCCGAGUAUCUGCCUUGUAGAUGUCACGCCUAUCUGAUCGGCUAACUGGUCUCAAGAAGCACCAGAUGCUGAGGAGAGGGACCACCGAGCAUCAACCUGCCAUAAUCUAAGAAGGAUUAUAAGAUUAACAGAGGUCGAGGGUUUUUUUGAAGUUGUUAUCUCAUCUGAUGUCAAACUCUGCAUGGUAUUAAAAUGAUGUGGACAGCUGCCUUGGAAGUGAACCAGCAGAUGUUGCUCCAUCAAGCACAGCAAGAGCAAGGAAGAGGGUGAGGAACGCGUGGUCAUCGUCGUUGCCUAAAAAUACUGAGGAAAAAAGAAAAACAACUUUAUUUUUGAUUAUGUAAUGUAGUCAUAUUUGUUGUCUAUGAUUUAAGGAGGAAAUGCGGAUGUUUAAAGGUCAUUCUCGAUGGCCUCUGAUGACAAAGCACACAUAUUCAUUGCCUGAAGGCGAUCUUUGUGAAUAUUAAAUCAGUCUCCUUUACACAUCGCGGGACAUUCGUUUCACUCACUGCUUGUUUCAUCGAUUGUUUUGAACCCCCCCCCCCCCAACCCCCUUCAAUGAAAUGUUUUCUAACGCUCCCCUCACUGUUGUAAAUUCCGAAAACCGUACAUCCACUGGAAUGGAUAACUGUUGUGAAUAUUCAUUAACUGACUCAUUAACUAGUUGAAAAACGUCGCUUGAUGACGAGUAAAAUAUACUACGCAUCCUGACCAUGUUUGUGAAAUGUGCAAAGUGAAAGUCAAAUGACGAAUUCUGUGUUAGCUUACAUAUUUGACAUCCUGAUAUGGAUCUGUGUGACAGCCGCUGUCGUUAGUUAACAAUUGAUACUGAGAACUAUACAGGGUAUAUAUUAGUUAGGUCACAAGGUAGAAACAUAAGUGAAUGUUCUCGGCGGCACUUAACUAAUACUAACCCUAAUGUGGACACGUGGUAUUUGGACUGAAAACUAUAUGAGAGAGUGUUGAGCAUCAAAUCCAAUGACUUACCAAUUCUUAUGAUAUUCAAAAGCAAGCCUCGGUGGAGUUUACUGUGUCAAAGGGCCAUUUUGUACACUUUUCAUGUUGUAAAUAUCUCAGUUAGGACUUUCUCGACCGCAUUUGAAGCUGGCUCCUCUCUUAUUUCUAGAUUUAGUUGACACUUGUUGGCAUUCUCUUUCUGUCUGUUAACUGGUUGAAUUAAGGAUUUGCAUGCUCUCAUUGCCGAAUUCUGUUUUAUUAAAGUAUGUCUCUUCUUGUUGGUUUGUCAGUAAAAACAAGAUUGGUGGGAAGGAAACAAGUGAGCCUGGUAUGUCAUGAUGUAAAUUCUGCUUUUAAUGAAACACAAGUCUUGUCACGGACCACAUAUGUAAGCGGCAAGGGAAAAGGGGACAAAUGAUCACACACAUUGUGCAUUUGGUGCAGUGGAUAGAAUAAAUACUGUAGCUCUAUGGAAACAUCCA